UAAGGCGUGUUCCUGGUGUGGGCAGUGUGCCUGUGGCUGUGCCUCUGUCUGUGGGUGAGCACCCAGAGCUGUUCCUUUUACCAUUUUUUGUCCCUUGUUGUAGUUUAAUAAACUUUUUGAAAUUUUAGAAGUGCAGAGGCGUUUCUCACAACAAAGGAAAAGACCACUUGCUUUGUAGGGAAAAGGAAAAUCAAGAUCAAUACCCCCGAGACUGUGAAAUUCUGAUGGAUCCAAAGUUGUGAAACCCCUUCUGAUGGCCUUGUGACUGCAGCAGCUUUCGGAAAAAACAACAACAGUGGAAAAGGGCACGGAGAGACCCAGAAGGAUGGGAAUGGGGAGCUCCUUCUCCAUGUUACUGACCUGGGAGGAGCUGCUUUAGGACAUGGAUCCCAAAUGAGCAAGAGGUAUCAGGAAGCACCACUGAUCUGCACAGACCCCCUUUGCCUGCUGCUGCCCCACAGUGAACAGGAGCAGCACCAGGACAGGGCAUAGAAAGAGCCAGCAGGAUGGGAGUGGGGAGCUCCUGGUGAUCUGGACACUUUCUCAUUCAUAUUACUGACCUGGGAGGAGCUGAUUUAGGAAAUGGAUCCUAAAGGAGCAAGAGGUAUCAGGAAGCAGUGCUGAUCUGCACAGACCCCCUGUGCCUGCUGCUGCCCCACAGUGAACAGGAAGCUGCUCAGGAGCCCCAUGGUCCAUCCCUGGAUUCUCCAAGCACUGACUCUCAUCCACUCUGACCACAGCCAGGGGCCACACCCCACUUCCUGCAGAGUGUCCAUCCAUGGAGGUGACCACCGUGUCCCCAUCUCCUGCCUCACUCACUGAAGGAGACGAUCUCUGUGAGACAGAUGUCACCAACGUGGCCAUGCACAGUGUGGCACUGCUCAUCUGCCUCUGUGGGCUGGCUGGGAACGGGGCUGUCCUCUGGCUCCGUGGCUUCUGCCAUGUGUCCAGGAACAGCACCACCCGUUACAUCCGCAUUCUGACUGUUACCGACUUCCUCUUCCUCCUCAUUCUGAUCCCCUCCAGUCUGCUUUUCCUGCUGGAGGACGUGUUCUGCUCUGUCAUCAUGCCCUUGCCGUACGUGUGGUUUCUUUUCCAGCUGUGUCUGGUGUCCUACAUCAUGUGGCUGUACCUGCUGACAUUCAUCAGCAUCCAGAGGUGCAGGUCCAUCCACUGCCCGAUCUGGCACUGCUGCCACCGUCCCCAGCACCUAUCAAAGGUGAUGUGUGCCCUGCUCUGGGCAUUCUCCAUCAUUGUCUUCGCUCUCUUUGCCACAGUAAUUUUCCUGUGUGCAUUUCUGCCACCUGAGUAUUGCCGAGUAUCUCUCAUCUCCAGGUACACCUUUGACCUCCUGCUCUGUGCUCCUUUCAUGCUCAUUUCCAGCACAAUCCUCUACUUUAAGGUCAAAGCUGGCUCCCACCAGCAGCAAACCAAGAGGCUCGACAUUGUUAUCUGCCUCAUUGUGCUCCUCACCCUGCCCUUCAGCCUCAGGAAUUUACUGCAGGAGUUCAGCUAUACCAUUUUCUCAUCCCACGUGGCUUUCCUGCUUACCUGUAUCUACACCAGUAUCAAACCCUUUGUCUACUUAUGGGCAGGGAGCUGCUGGAGGCACUGCUCUAUGGAGUCCCUCCGGCUCUCCCUCCAGAGGAUCUUUGAGGAGCCAGAAGAAAACCCUGCUGAUAUUGAUGAUCCUGCCAGGGAAGCUGUGCUCUGAGUCUGGUCAUUCCUCCUGCUGCACUGCUGAGGGACCCUGGGAAAGUGGGUGAAUGAUUCCUGGAGUCACCUGAUGAAUAAAUCUCUAAAGUGUCAUCCUCUCUUUGCUGGUGCAUCCGCCUUUCCAGGCUCCACUGGGAUCUGAGAAAUGCUCCUGAGGCAUCAGCUUUGAGGAUCAGCCCCUGGGCUCAGCUCCUCUGCAGCUCAUCAGAAACACCUUCUGCUCCCAGAAACUGCUGCUAUCCAAUGACCUUCUGGGUUUUAUGAACAGCCUUGGAAAUUAUUUCACUUCUCUGAAUGGCACAACAUCCCUGUUCUCACACUUUCACAGAAAGCUGCCAGCCCAAAGUGUGGCCAGGGUGAAAUAUGGCAGUGACUGAAGCCCAUCUCUUGGGGCCCUGUAAAGAAUGGACCAAAAGGAGACCCUUGGAGCUCUCCUGGGCCCCAGCAGUGCUGACCAGAACCUCCCUGGGAGUGGGGCCUCUCCCAGCCGGGAUCUCUCCCGUUUGCUGCCCUCGGGUGAUCCCCGAACACCGACGGGUCCUGGGCCAAUCCCCCCACUGCUCGAGGCUCAGCCCUUGGCACAGUGAGGAGAUGCAAACGGAUCCACAGUGAGCAUUUCCCUGCCUCCAAGGGGAAUUUCUCACAGGGACUCUGCACUGGCUCUGUCUGUGUGCACACACGUGUACAUCUGCCAUGGCAAAUGUGGGAGCAAUGCUGGUCCUCAGGUGUUUUAGUACCUGAGACAUCUGAGUGAGUCAGGCCUGUAAAAAAGUACGAGGCAUAAGUUAUGUUAAAUGCUGUUAAGUGUUAUUCCCCUGUUGAUUGUGCUAAGUUUAAGGUAUAACUGAAGUACUGUUAGGUUUGAGUGCUGUAAACUUUUUAAGACAUUUUCCUUUUUCUCCUUAUCCUCACUGUCCUUUUAUCACACACACCUGAACACACAGAAACACACACAGGGACAGUGCUUUGGUCUGCGGUUGCUUAAUAUUAAAGCUGGUUUUAUUGAUAUCCUUGCUGGUGGUUUUGUGCCUUCAGAAAUUCUUCCUCUGCCCUGGCUUUCGCCUCUCCCCCAGGGGGAUCAGAUGAUACAGCUAAAAGGGGAGGGGGAGUCUGUAGUCCUCGGCACUGCCACUCCUUUCCAGGGGCAGGGUGACCAUGGGCUCCACAGGGCAUCAACCCCUCCAUGUGGUUUUUCUGAAGUCACUGAGCUGGCGGUGUUCAUCCUGGAGGAGGGAAGGCUUCAGGGAGAUCUUAGAGCCCCUCCCAGGGCCUCAAAAAUCUCCAAGAACUACAGAGGCCCUUUGGAAAAAAGCAUGAAGUUACAAGACAAGGGGCAUCAGCCAGAGAAAGGGUUAAGUGGAAUACUGGGAAGAAAUUCUUCCCUGUGUGGGUGGUGAGGCCUGGCACAGGUUCCCAGAGAAACUGUGGCUGACUCAUCCCUGGAAGUGCUCCAGGCCAGCUUGGAUGGGGUUUGAAGCAACCCAGCCUAAUGGAAGGUGUUCCUGCUGGGAAAGGGGUGAGAUUAGACAAAAACAGCCACAAGUGUUCUCAAGAUUGAGGAGGAGGAAGAUGAGCUCUGUUGUAGGGCUGGAAGGGGUGAAAUGAACGGGCCAGGAGACCAGCUCCCUCUUUACUAAAAGGCCAGCUUUGGGGAGGGAACCCAAGGGGUCACGCAAACCACUGUUGUUUCCGCUGGAUGACAUGAAGGAGGAGGAGUUCUCCUUUGCCAGAUGGCAGAGCUGGAGCUUCCAUCCUCACAAGAGUCCCUAGGAAUACAUUUGCAGGCUCUUGGUCGAGGGGUGUCAUGCAGACCGAGUGCUGCUGAAGUCAUGGCGACAAAGCGAAGAAGCUCUGGUUGGUGAUUUCAUCUUCUCCACUCGCUUCCUCACCUGACAGUA